AUGUCUGAGCCACAAACAAGCGAACCUGGUAUCUCUGAACGAAGAGGCAUCAGAUGGAUCCCCGACGACCUUAAAGAGCCGACUUCCACAUUGGUCUUGACUAGUUCGAGAAAACAAUUCGUCGACAUUCGUAUCUUUUGCCAGAGAGGUCAUCCAUUGCCAAAUGAAGGCGGCCCAUCCGAACUCCUGGACUGGGGAAUUGCUGGCGAAUCAUCAAGCACCUUCGUCGAUGCACCAUCUCUGCAUCACCCGUCUAAUCCUCCUCCGCCAACAGAUGGCUCUUUGAGGUCUAUCUGUCACACCACCUUUUCCCACUGGAUCGACAGUCGCACCGAUACUCCUGGGCCCGAUCAAGGUGACAUGUAUCCCCAGAACGAAAAUCUGACUCUUGAACUUGGCUCCAUGUACAACCCUCUCACCAGAUCAGAGCAGCCCUAUGAAGAGCAUUGGGCCGACUUCUCGGCUUCUCCUGUGGAUGGAAAGCGUUGGAGCAUCGUCAUCGAUCUCGACGACCCUGGGCACAGAGCCAAAGGACGUGUGAUUAGAGUUGGUGAGCACUGUCAGGCUAUCCUCAAAGUCGGAGAGCAAGUCUCUGUCGAGCGCUGGAAGUUCGAAACCUCGGAGGUAGAGGGACAAGGUGCUUGGAAACGCCUUGCUAGAUUGGGAGACAUGUUCUUGCCUGUCUCAUUGACCUUCACACCCGAGAGAGUGGUCGAGGGCAACACUCUGACUUAUGGAGAUCACAAAUGGGAGGUCAAGGAGGUUCACUCGUGGUGA